AUGAGAAUUCACGUUACAUUGUUAUGUUUGUCAUUGCUACUCGUCGUAGCAAUGGCCGACGUUUAUAUGCAUGCUCCACCAGGUAGCAACGAUCGUAAUCAAGAGGAAGGAACCAAUCGUGACAACGCUCAACGUCUUUUCAACUCACAAAACAACGAUAGAGGUGGAUACUGUCGUGGUGGUAUCGUCAGAUGGUACGAAAAGUCCUAUCUCCCAGUAGAGUGGACCUCCCAACACGGUUGUGGAAACAACCAAAACGACUGUAACGUCAUUCUUCAAUACAUGUGCGGAUCGACCAACGACCCAGCCUUGACCAACAUUCGUGACGGUACCGUCACCACCACCAUUCCAAACGAUCCAGCUCAAGUUGCAACCAUGUCUGGUUCGGAAUACCAAUUCGGUAUGCACGAAUCCUACGAAUACUACAACAACUGUACCACCCGUUCGCGUAACAAGGGAUUGUUCACCGCCAACCAAAACGUCCAAAACACCGCACGUUUCACUCGUCAACAAACCGGUGGAACUCAAUACGGUUUCGAAUGUCCAGAGGAGCGUGACUACUACCCAUACUGGGCUCCAUCACCAUGGAAGGAUAUCGCCAUCUUCACCGGUGACACCGACAACUGCAAGAUGUACAAAGCUCAAUCACAGAACGUCAAGUCCAAGUACUACUGUAUGUUCCCAGGUCGUGCCACCAACAAUCCAGCAUCGAUCGAUCCAGCCGAAUGUACCUCCAAGGGUGGACAAUGGGUUGAACAACCAUCAUGGGGUAUCGGAGCACCAGAGUGUUUGAAGGCCGAAUGGAAUCACGUCAAUCACCUCGGUCUCUCCAUGGACAACGGUCGUUACACCUCCUACAACUGGUCACUCCCACACCAAGGUAUGGAAGACUGUAUCCAAUCGGACACUUGCGCAUGUGUCUUGCGUAUCCGUUACAAUAUCUCCUCCUCUGAGGUCAAGGGAUUCGGAAGCAGUGCAUACGACAGCCGUAACAACGGUAACAACUCACCAAUCAAAAACAAUCCAAACGUCCUCGUCGAAGGUCAAAACCUCACCCUCAACAUCAACGAAAACCAAUACGGUCGUACCUUCCAAGAUCGUUCACACACUUUUGCCAUCCGUCCACGUCCAUCCAGCUUGAAGGAUGCCAAGAUCUGGAAUAUCAUGGUCAAGGGUAAGAGAGGUAACAUUCAACAAGCCUACCCAGCCAUGGAAUAUCAAUUCACUCCAAGUCAAAUCACCAUGAAGAAGAACGAAUACGUCCACUUCCAAUGGACCGGUUGCGACCACAACCCAGCUGGAAACGCUGGUAACGGUAGAAACAAAUUGGAUCGUUCCAACUUGGUUCAAAUCCACUCACUCGGUUACGGUACUCCAUUCAAGGAUGACGACUACACCUCGAAGAACGCUCUCCUCACUGACCCAGCAGAUCGUCUCCGUUUCGCUCAACAAGACCAAGUCGGAUGCAAGUCAUACGCUCAACUCAUGGCCGACAACAACAACAACCAAAACGAUAUCGAACAAGACCCACAAAACUGUGCUUACUUGAAUGCCGCUCCAAACACUUUCGAUGGUGGUGUUCACAAGAUGGACAGAACCGGUUCAUUCUACUACAUGUCCACUCGUAACCACGAUUUCUCCAACCGUGAUCAAAAGGGUGCUAUCCACGUCACCCCAUUGUUACAAACAUGGCAAAUCGCAUUGAUUGCUGUCGGUUGUACCCUCUUUGUCGGUUUGGCCACUGCUGGUGGUUCAAUUGCCUACGCCAAGACUCACCCACAUUCAUCUGCCAACCGUUUCUUCUCCAAGGUUCCAGGUGUCAAGCGUGUCGUAGCUUAA